CAGUCAGUAGAGGUACGUCUCACGAGACAGUCGACAGGAUCGUGUGAGUGUGCGCGAGUUAAGGAAAAGAUCGCGAAACCUGUCGAAACACGUCGAAGCAAGCGACGACGCAACGCACGCGAAUCGGAAGGAACAGCAGGAAGAGAACCAAGAACACAGCAGGUCGUAGUAAGCCGGCUCCGAGAGGCACCUCGGGGAGUUCAUUCAUCAAUUCGCAAGCAACGCGAGUGGUCGCAGUAGCCACGUGCGACAUUCCACUAUCAGCGUUCUGGCGAAGCGGUCGUCGAUACCUACUGCGAUCGCGUAACUGCUAUUGUUGUUAUCUACAAACGGAUGAAGGACGGGACUGCUUGCGCAAAGUGCUCAAGUGAGUUCGGUGCGCGAUGUAAGCGAUUCAGCCUGCGUGCGGAUCUAAUCUCACCGAUCUCAAUCGGAAAAGAGUCAGCGUGCAGUUGUGCAAUCACUCAUUACAGAAGUCGAGAGUGAGCGAACGCCGGCUUAGCGUUAUUAAUUAAGCUAACGGAUAAGAUUAGCGUCCGUACAUCUCGGGGUACGGAGAUUUGUAGUUAUCUUAAUUAGCACGGCAAACAGACAAAGUGUUUGAGGAAUAUCGACUGCUCGAGGGGCACAGGAAAAAUGUAUCAUUUAAUGAGAUUUACUUAACUCAAGAAAGCCGCCCAUAAAUAUUUCCUCCAAGAGUGCACGUUACUACUGGCAGUGAAGAAGCUUAGUGUAUGUGUUUUGUGUUGAUUUUGCCUUUCUUAAUUAUUCGCCGCGCACUCGUUUCUAGCGGCGCGGUGGAAACAUUAAUUCCUAGAGAGGCAGAAGAAAGAAGAGAGUUGGUGAAGCGAAUGCCGCAAUAAAAAUUGUGAAAAAGUCAUAAAAACCUCGAAAAAAACAAAGCAAAAGCUCCGGUAACGAGCCCAACGUUCAUCGGAAGAAGCAGAUAAAAGCCCAUCAUCAUCAUCAACCUCCAGCACUAUGGCAGCUUCUUUCAUCCACGGUGGGAUCCGAAGCAGAUCAGAAGCACCUGUGCUGCUGCUGACCCUAUUGUUGAUAGCGAUCAAACAAUCGUCCGCAUGCUACUUCCCGAUCGAGUACCAGGGCGAAUACAUCACCCAGAAUACGGUGACGGACGGGGCGGUCCGGUACAGCCGGAUCAACAUCACCGAGAGUGCGAUCCCGAUCUGGGGCAUGUGCCACCGGAGGCACGACAACAACGUGGUCCUGGUCACGGGGACCGACGAGGCGCAGUGCUACCGCUGCUUCCACCUCAAGCUGGUCUCCAAGAACGUCCUGCGGGUACUGACCACGGACAACGACUACAUCUCCAAGUGUCACACCAACGAGGAGAAGGCGUUGGCGUCCUGUCUGCGAGAUGACGCCCUCCAGGACGAGGAGAAGAACACCGAGAUCAUCCUCUACAAAUUCCGCGAGUGGAACGGCAACGAGGUCCGCCAGGAGUACUGCCCGAUCCACGGUCGGUACCGGCUCACCUACAACAUCGACAACGGCACCGAGGAUCGCGUCGAGUGCGAAUCCCAAGACUCCGAGGUGGACAACUGUCCCUCCGGAUCGGCCCUCAAUCUGCGCUUCCGCAACUGCGCCUUCCGCGAUCAGGAGGUCACGUUCGAGUGCCUCGGCCACUGGCGCGGCCUCCGCCAGCAGAACUACCUGGCGCUGGUCAACACCAACAACGACGCCCGGCUCGGACCCAAAUAUCGCUGCGCGACCUGGGUCGAGAACCCCAAAACGGGCGAGAUCGAGAUCUCGUUCAGCAAGGACUCCACGUGCCGCUCGAUCAACAAGUACCACCGAAGCUCGAGCGCGUACGGCAACGGCAUCAACAACGACUACCACAGCGAGGUGAUCUCGCUGACGCCAGUCCCGCAGGAGUUUGGCCAGAUCAGUCAGUACUGCAGCUUCCCCAACUGGCUGAUCGGCAAGUGGGAGCACGUGAUCGUCAGCCAGAACCAGCUGAUCUACAAGGAUCACACCUCGUUCAAGACGUACACGAUGAAGUGCGUCAAGAAUCACACCAACCACGAAGCGGACAAGUACAUCGUCUACAGCCAGACGCAAUGCGGUGAGGAAAAGUACCAGUGCCUCAAGAUCCAGCGGCGCGACGAGAACGUGUUCGAGUUCCAGAUCAGCUCCCGCUCCGAGCCGAACUACACCAGCACGAUCUGCAACGAGUUCUACUUCAACGACGACCGGUGGCUGACCCAGGGCCGGCUGGACAGCAACAGCAUCGUGUCGCCGUGCCCGAUCGUGGGCGAGUUCUCCGGCGUGAUCCCCGACGACGAGGGCCUUUGCGCGAAGCUGUCCUCGGAGUGCGGCUCGCCGGACAUCAUGUACUACCAGAUCUCCGCUUGCGAGUUUGACGAGGUGUACGAAGAACGCGAAUACCGCUGCCUCGGCCAGUGGACGCACCGGAACAUCGUUUACACGUACACCCAGCGGCGGGACGUGGGCACGUACGAGUGCUUCGUCGGCACGAUGCUCUCCGACCGGCAGAUCUUCAUCAAGGAAGCGGGCGAGCACUGCCAGCGGGACGUCAACCCGCACCGGUUCGGCAUGGAGCUGAACAAGGUCGCGCACUGCAGCAUGCCCGAGAUGCCCUUCAAGCCGCCCAGUCCGGCGGUCUCGCGACCAACUCACAAGUACUCCGAGGUCUCGACGAUACGAUCCUCGACGUCAACGUACAACAACAACAACUACAACAGCGUCAACACCGCGCAUAGUUCCUCGCCGUCCGUGGUGGCCAACUCGACGCCGUCGUCGCCGUCCGUGGUCACCACCGGACGAAGUAACACCCACGUUACGAAUCAGCAGCAGCCGAAGCAGCAGCAGCCCACGGCCCGACCUGGCCACACAGUGCCGGCGGGUUCCGGAGCGUCCAGCACGACGCUCCAUGUACAGUCACAGUCCUCUUAUUUAUUAUUGUUAGCAACUCUUAUCUGUGUUAUCUUAGGUUGUAAUAAAUUUAGGUGUUAAACAAUUUUUUUUUAUUUAAAAUUAAAAAAUCAAAAAAAUCUGAAACAA